AUGUCGAAGCCACCCUAUAAAGUCGCUGAUAUUUCUCUCGCGGAAUGGGGAAGAAAGACGAUUGAGGUCGCUCAGAAUGAAAUGCCUGGACUCAUGUGGUUACGAAGAGAGCUUGGCCCGGUUAAACCACUUCAGGGUGCACGUAUUUCUGGUUGCCUGCACAUGACAGUUCAAACGGCUGUCCUGAUCGAAACCUUGAUUGAACUUGGUGCACAGGUUCAGUGGUCUUCGUGCAACAUCUUCAGUACCCAAGAUCACGCAGCGGCUGCAGUUGCGAAGUCCGGUGUACCCGUUUAUGCCUGGAAGGGUGAAACGGAGGAAGAGUAUCUUUGGUGCAUUGAACAGACCCUAUUUUUUCCUGAUGGGGAACCACUGAACAUGAUCCUUGAUGAUGGUGGUGACCUUACAAAGCACGUACACGAAAAACAUCCUGAAUUACUUCCUGGCAUACGUGGCCUCUCUGAGCAAACCACAACAGGCGUGCACAAUCUCUAUAAGAUGCUCAAAAACGGUACGUUAAAGGUUCCGGCCAUGAACGUCAAUGAUUCUGUUACAAAGAGCAAAUUCGAUAACCAUUAUGGCUGUCGUGAAUCAUUAGCCGAUGGAAUCAAGCGCGCAACAGACGUCAUGCUUGCAGGCAAAGUAGCCUUCGUUGCCGGUUACGGCGAUGUUGGCAAAGGAUGCUGUCAAUCCCUGAGGUCAUAUGGCGCACGUGUCCUGGUGUCCGAAAUCGACCCGAUCAACGCCCUUCAGGCAGCUAUGGAAGGCUUUGAAGUAACAACUGUGGAUGAAGCCGUCAAACAUGCGCGUAUUUUUGUGACGGCCACCGGAAAUCGGGAUAUAAUCACAGCGGAACACUUCCUCAACAUGCUCGAGGAUUCCAUUUUGUGCAAUAUCGGUCAUUUCGACGUUGAAAUCGAUGUCCGUUGGCUGAACGAAAAUUGUGUCCACAAAGAGCAGAUCAAACCUCAAGUUGAUCGGUACACGUUGAAGAAUGGUCGCCAUGUUAUAGUUCUCGCUGAGGGUCGUCUAGUAAACUUGGGCUGUGCUCACGGUCAUUCUAGCUUUGUGAUGUCCACUUCGUUUACCAAUCAGGUGUACGCACAAAUAGAACUAUGGACGAAACCGGGAGCGUAUCCGGUUGGUGUGUAUAUGCUACCGAAGAAGUUGGAUGAAAAAGUUGCGGCUGCCCAUUUGGACCACUUAGGGGUGCGACUCACAAAGCUUACAGAAGCCCAAGCGGAAUAUCUGGGCGUUCCCAAAGAUGGACCUUUCAAGGCUGAACAUUAUCGAUACUAA